GCGGGCAGGUCACGUGACGGGAGCGCGGGCUUUGGAAGGCCGCUGAGCUAGACAUCACCUGCGGCGGAGCUGAGGCGGCCACCGGCUCUGUCGUGUCCCGGGCAACAUCGGACCCAGCGCUAGCUGCCGAAGGCUCGCUCCCUAAGGCCAGCCAUCCCUCCUCUAUAUUACCAUGGGAAUUCAAGGUCUGGCCAAACUUAUUGCUGAUGUGGCCCCCAGUGCCAUCCGAGAGAAUGACAUCAAGAGCUACUUUGGCCGCAAGGUGGCCAUUGAUGCCUCCAUGAGCAUUUACCAGUUCCUAAUUGCUGUUCGCCAAGGUGGGGAUAUGCUACAGAACGAAGAGGGUGAUACCACCAGCCACCUGAUGGGCAUGUUCUACCGCACCAUCCGCAUGAUGGAGAAUGGCAUCAAGCCCGUGUAUGUCUUCGAUGGCAAGCCACCACAGCUCAAAUCAGGUGAGCUGGCCAAACGCAGUGAGCGGCGUGCUGAGGCAGAGAAGCAGCUGCAGCAGGCUCAGGCCGCUGGGGCUGAGGAAGAGGUAGAAAAAUUCUCAAAGCGGCUGGUGAAGGUCACUAAGCAGCACAAUGAUGAGUGUAAACAUCUGCUGAGCCUCAUGGGGAUCCCUUACCUCGAUGCACCCAGCGAAGCAGAGGCCAGCUGUGCUGCUUUGGUGAAAGCUGGCAAAGUUUAUGCAGCAGCUACUGAGGACAUGGACUGCCUCACCUUUGGCAGCCCUGUGCUAAUGCGACACCUGACUGCCAGUGAGGCCAAGAAACUGCCCAUCCAGGAAUUCCACCUGAGUCGAAUUCUGCAGGAACUAGGCCUGAGCCAGGAACAGUUUGUGGAUCUAUGCAUCUUGCUGGGCAGCGACUACUGUGAGAGUAUCCGGGGCAUUGGGCCCAAGCGGGCUGUAGACCUCAUUCAGAAGCACAAGAGCAUUGAAGAGAUUGUGCGGCGGCUUGACCCCAACAAGUACCCUGUGCCAGAAAAUUGGCUUCAUAAAGAAGCCCAGCAGCUCUUCCUGGAGCCUGAGGUGCUGGACCCAGAGUCAGUAGAGCUGAAGUGGAGUGAGCCCAAUGAAGAAGAGCUGGUCAAGUUCAUGUGUGGUGAAAAGCAGUUCUCUGAAGAGCGGAUCCGCAGUGGAGUCAAGCGACUGAGCAAGAGCCGCCAAGGAAGCACUCAGGGCCGUCUUGAUGAUUUCUUCAAGGUGACUGGCUCGCUCUCCUCAGCUAAGCGCAAAGAGCCAGAACCCAAGGGAUCCACUAAGAAGAAGGCAAAAACUGGGGCGGCAGGAAAGUUUAAAAGGGGAAAAUAAAUGUUUCCCUCCAUUAUACCUCCUGAAUUCAGAAUACCUGCCUUCUUAUACUCUUAAGAACUAGAGCUAGAGUAUCCUCCAUUGGGGUGGGAAGGGAUUCCAUUGCUUUUCUUGCAUUACCCUUUUUGGUAGUGUUUUCCCCUUUUUUGCUUGAUUCCAUAAGGUAGGAAGGCCAUAGAGGUACUUUGUUUUGUUUUGUUUUGUUUUUUAAUCCCCCUCAGGAAAGUGUGUAAGGCUCAAACCACUUCUCAGGCAGAAUAGUGGACACUGAAUCCAUUGCACGUGAAUGUUAAAGCAUCAAGUUGGGAGAUAAAUGGUGAAGACAAGACUACACAGAAGUGAUUUCCUGGCUGGCCAACUGGUGGUCUAAGGGAGGUGAUAACAGAACUGACUUGUCUCUUUAAUUUAGCUUUCAACCCACCCUGAAAGAGCCGUCAGGAAGACCCAGUUUGGAAAGAGCUCUGAGAGAUAAGAUAGGCAGAAGGGAGUCUAUGGAGCUGGCUACAAGGGUUUGAUUACUGACUGUGUCUUGGGGUGGACAGAAACUUGGAACUUUUAAUCUGAGUGUUUUCAGUGAUCAUUCAAAGGAGUGAGAGUGAUGUUCUUAUGGCCUUUUUGAGGCAAACUGAAUUGAGACUUUUGGAUAAGACACUGGUUUCCAUGUGUUGUUUUUGUUCUAAGGGUGUGUAGAGAGAGAAAAAAAAAACAAUAAAAUGAUAAAAGUAA